GAAUGCCUCAUUACUUUUCGUCAAACCACCAAUUCUGUGUUCUUUCUAUCUCAUUCAUUUUUCGUACAGUCUCCAUGCGUAAUGAGAUUUUUACUGGCACUACUCUUUUAAUGCAUUUUCCGACUUUCUAACACAUAAUUCACUGCCUCGGGCGCGUGAUGCAGGGCGAAUUGAAAGAUGGCGCGAAAGAGCUCUUGAGCAGACGCGCGCAGGUAAACACAGGUCCAACAAAAUGCGCAGUUCGUGAGGCGCGCUCCUGCUGCACGAGGCUACAGAUUGUCAUUAUGUGCACCGAGUGAAUACAGGACUAAAUCUCAAAGCAACAGUUUAUUCAGAGGACCGCCGUGAGCUGUUUUGUCCAGUGACCCGCUGGAGCAAAGCACGCCAGGAGCAAUGGGAUCUGACCGGCAUACUGAUACGCCCCAGCAUCCAAGCAGCACCGGACACAGGAACGCGCUUUCAACCUGACACUUUGGUUUUCGUAAGAGUUGCGUUUCGUUAUUUUAAUGUUGGUCACAUAGUCGCGCAUGCGUUGCUGUGUGGUUGCGCUUCUUCAGACUUUAGUUUACCGGCUCUGUCGCUCGAUGAUGAGAGGGAUGCUGGUCGCUUGGCGCGCUGGGAUCUUGUGUCUCCACGCGCUUGUGGUUUUAACGCAUGGCCGUACCCCGCCGGCGAACAGUGUGAAUGAACCCAGCAACAUGUCAUACGUCAAAGUCACCGUGGAUAAAUUACUGAAAGGAUACGACAUUCGUCUUAGGCCUGACUUCGGAGGUCCUCCGGUGGACGUCGUUAUGAGUAUUGACAUCUCCAGUAUCGAUAUGGUGUCGGAAGUGAACAUGGACUACACCAUCACCAUGUAUUUCCAGCAGUCGUGGCGUGAUAAACGUCUUUCUUACACAGGGAUCCCUCUCAAUCUCACUUUAGAUAACCGAGUGGCUGAUCAACUCUGGGUGCCUGAUACAUACUUCAUCAAUGACAAGAAAUCUUUUGUUCAUGGGGUCACAGUAAAGAAUCGUAUGAUUCGUUUGCACCCUGAUGGAACUGUGCUUUAUGGUCUCAGGAUAACUACCACAGCUGCAUGUAUGAUGGAUCUACGCAGAUAUCCACUGGAUGAGCAGAACUGCACGCUGGAGAUUGAAAGUUAUGGAUACACCACAGAUGACAUUGAGUUUUACUGGCAGGGUGGGAGUUCUGUGACGGGUGUGGAUAACAUUGAGCUGCCACAGUUCUCUAUUAUCGACUAUAAGACGCUGUCUAAAAAGGCAGUGUUUGCCACAGGGUCGUACCCUCGUCUGUCCCUUAGUUUUAAACUGAAGAGAAACAUUGGAUAUUUCAUCCUUCAGACCUACAUGCCUUCAACCCUGAUCACCAUCCUGUCCUGGGUCUCCUUCUGGAUCAACUAUGAUGCGUCAGCAGCAAGAGUGGCACUAGGAAUCACCACUGUUCUGACUAUGACCACUAUCAACACUCACCUUAGGGAGACAUUGCCCAAAAUCCCGUAUGUGAAAGCCAUAGACAUCUAUCUGAUGGGCUGCUUUGUUUUUGUGUUCCUGGCCUUGCUCGAAUAUGCCUUUGUCAACUACAUCUUCUUCGGCCGUGGGCCACACUUACAGAAGAAAGUGGCAGAAAAAGCAGCAAAAAGCAACAAUGAGAAGAGUCGAAUGCAGAGUAACAAAAUUCAGAUUGAUAUCCAUGGAAACAUUCCCCUGACAAACCUUGAUCUGCAUCUCAGUGGGGCAGAGAUGCUCGGUGCUCUUGGGGAUCCAAGGAACACCAUGUUCUCUUACGACAGCGCCAGCAUCCAAUACCGUAAGCCCCUCACAGCUCGUGACCUCUACGUUCGACCCACCCUUUCUAUGGAGAGGCCAAUGCCCCGUAAAAAGAGUCACCUGAAAAAAAAGGCUGAUCAGCUGAAGGUUAAGAUUCCAGAUCUGACAGACGUUAACGCCAUUGACAAAUGGUCCCGUAUCAUCUUUCCAAUCACCUACACCUUCUUUAAUCUAGUAUACUGGCUCUAUUAUGUCCACUAGGGGGCAGCGUGGACUCAACUCAGUCAUCCACACAUCAGGUCAGACUCUAUUAUCCUCCUCACUUGAGUCUUGAAUUAAGUCUUGACAGGAUGGAGGGGGGUUAGAUACCGUAGCCCUCCUCUGUAAAUAGUUUAGAUAUUUAAUUUAGAUCUAGCCUAUAUUAAAACAUUUUACUCAAUAUGACUUUGAAAUCGACACUGGAUUUUUGCACAUUGCUUCUGUGGAAUCAGCUUUACGAGACCUGACUGCAACCUCAAAACUGCAUCACUGCACCACACAUCAAUGUCAGUCUUUAACCUUUAAAACAACUUUUGAAGAUUAUUAAACAACUUGCUUGGUGUGGUCUUAAAGGAACAUUUAUGGUUCAGUGCAACCUAAAAUGAUGAAAAGAAAAACAAUGUCAUCUGUUAAAGGCAGGAUAGGCAGGAAUUAUCUAAAAAACUUUUUUCCAAAUUUGUUUAAACUGUCUUUAUAUACCAAUACAUAAUUAAAAUGUAAGUACUCUGAAAAAGAGAGUAUAAAACUCGAGUGUCUGUAGACCUUUCACAACUUUUUUUAAAAAAUACAGCUAAUUAUUUCCAUUCGGGACGAAACAAAUGAUUAGCUUGCGCGACUGUCACUCUCUCUCGCGACCAUGGCACCACCCCUGUUGCUACAGGAUCUGCCCACACAUGCGCACACCCGAUUGAUUUAAACAUGCACAAGGCACUCUAGAAAGAGCAAAAGUAUGGCAGAGAAAGUGCAUUCAGAACUCACAGUACCUGCAUAUGCAGUCAGCGAAGGCAAACAAGGCAAAAAAAGGAAUAAACGAAGAAAUCAAACGAGAGUAAAUAUCGUGUGGCUUUUCCUCGAGUCGACGAUGAGGUAGCGGUAUUGUCUCUGGAGUGUAUUCCUCAUCAGAGUUAAUAAUGCUUUCAUCACGGAAACUCAUGCAACACAUGCAAAACACAGUAAAACACCUUCAUCACAGUGUAACUGAUGGUAAUAAAAAAACGUGUAUCAAUGCAAUCCGUUUUUAACUUUGUCUUAUAAAUAUAACUAGCUCGUUUGUUACCGAAUCAAACAAAAUAUAUUUUAAACUUUACCAGUAUCGAUAUGCUAGCUUAAUAGUGAGUACGUAAAGCCAUCCUAUUUGUUUAUAUUCAUAGUGACAAAGUUAGGUGUAUUAUUACAUGUGAUCCUGACAUGAUGUUACUACAUGCACCGCGCUCUUUCCUCUCCGCUCGUCUGAGGUAAAUGCUGCUCCCAGCAGAGCGGUCGGCGUCGCGUGUUCAUGUGUUUUGGGGGCGUGGCUUUAGAAGAAACCCUGAAGGGAGGGGGGUGAAGUGAAUGCAAAUAAUUAGCUGUGUUUAAAACAGUCGUGAGAGGUCUACAGACCCGUGAUUUUUAUACUCUCUUUUCAGGGUACUUACAUUUUACUUAUGUAUUGAUAUAUAAAGACAGUUUAAACAAAUUUGUAAAAAAUAAUUCAUGCCUAUCCUGCCUUUAAGCACCAUUUACUGAAACAAUAUAUCCACCAACAGGAAUUGAAAAGAAAUUAUUCUCAAAACAAAAAUACAUUCACCUUUAAAAUGAAUUGCUACUUACUUUGAAAAGGAUGAUGCAGACAACUUUACAGCUUAAAUAAUAAACAGGUUUUUCCUAAAUAAUUAAGUGCAAGUGCUUUACAAACGUAAACUUUUAACAUUUCUGCUUUUCGGCUGACCUGGUUUAUUUCCAUUGUAAGUUCCACAUUUCCUUUUUAAAACAAUAACUGAGGAACGAGUCAAUAUUGUUUUACCACCAUGCUAUUGAUUGGCCUUAUCUUGUAUUAAAUCCAGAACAGUAUUAAAUGUACAGCUACAGUAUAUGUAUACAGGAGUGGGUUAACACAAUACUUUCAAAGAUGAUUUACAGUAGCUCUUGUGUCGAAGUGUGACCUAAUGCACUUUUGUGCUUUAAAUCAAUUCUUGCUUAUGUAGUGACAGGAAAAGAUUUUAGACACUAUACACCACCAUAAGGCAUCAUGACAAGCAGGAAUUCAUUUUGAGGACAAAAUUGUCAGUAUAUACAGUACUGUGCAAAGGUCUUAGGCCACCAUGCUACCAUUAGAUUUGUUGUUUUUGCAAUGUUAUAGUGAUCAUAUAUAAUUAUUUCUCAGUCUCUUUAUUACAAUAUAACCAAUACAGGAAACUUGUAUGUAGUAUUAAAAACAGUAUAAAAGUAUAAGCUGAAGUGUCAAGUAUUUAGGGUAAACUCCACAUCCACUUGAGCAAUAGCAGGAAACUGCAGGAUCUCUUAAAUCUAAAUAAAAUUAAAUCCUAAUUCUAAUCAAAUGACUUAGGACUUCAGUCUCCUCAAAUAAGCUCAAGAUGUGUUUCGUGCCAAAGGAGGUCACACUAAAUACUGACUGAUGCCGGAGGAAGACAUUUAGUUCUGAAAAUUUUGUCUACAUAUUUCCUGUAUUUAAAAAGAGUGAAAAAUAAAUAUGGAUGGACAUUAAAACUUUGCUAAAACAACAAAGCUGGUGAUGGUGGCCUAAGACUUCGUUAUACAUUACAACAUAUCAGGAAAGAAAAAUUAUGUCAUCACGGUUUUGUGAAACUUUUUAUAAACCCACGAAUCCUGCUUAUAUAAAGAUAAUACAGUAGUUCACUUUUAUACUUUAAAGCCCAGUAUUUAAAUGAUUCAUUUGCAAGAAAUUAAUACAUUGCUUCAUAUCAUUAGUCCAUUCAAUAAAAAAAAUACUGUUAAGAAAUUCAGGAUUGCAUUUCAACUUCCUGACACUAGUAAUAAUCCGAUUGUAGCUACAACCUAUAUAUAGGCAUUUAAUAUAUAACUAUUUAUAAGGUACAGGAAAAGUGCGUUUAGCUUACAGAUACAGUAUGCAUUUAGCUUUAAACAUGUUCACUGUGAGUUAUGUAUUAUUCAAACUCAGUAAAAUGGAAGAUAGGAAUUAAUAACUAAUUUGUUUUAGUCUUCAUGGCUAAACUUUGUGCCUUUUAGGAAAAUAAAUCAUUUUACAGGGUUUUACAUACAACAAAGUAGAAUUAUUCAGAACAAAUUUCCACGCAGGGGUAUCAAGUAAUGUCUCAAGGGCUUCUCUAAUGCCCUGCAUUGAGAUUGUAUAAUCAGCUAUCUAAUUACAAAAAGUGGCACGUAAAUAAAUCGCUUGUAACACUUUAUAUUGACAAUCUGCCUGGAAAAUCAUCAGCUUGAUUGUUGAACAACACAACAUUGUGACUCCAUCAAGCCGAUGAAAUAAUAGAAGAAAAUAAACAAAGCAUAUUCAAAUUCACUCUAGCUAGAAUCAGCAUGAAUACACAAACACAUGAAAGUAAAAAAGAGCAUAGAAACUUAUAGCAUAGACCAUUAUUUCAUAGAAGUUGUUUCGGCCUAUAAAAGCAAAUGCCCCCCCAACAAGUGUAUUUCUCGCACAAUAUCUUAUUAAAACUGAUAAACAUGUAUAAUUUCUGUAUUUGCACUUAUUCUAUUGGUCUGUGCACUCUUAUGCGGGAGUGUGUUGUAGGAAAAUGUUUGAAGAUUGAAUGAGAUGGAGAUGGCGAUUGUGUAAGGACUCUUGGUUUAAAUAGUAAACAUUUAAAAUGAAUUUAAAUAAAAUAUCUUACCAAACCAA